UGCCUGACAUUCAUUUUCUUUCCCAAUCAGCUGUACUCUGAUGGAAUGGCCACUCUUGGUGCAGGGAAGCAGUCACAGAAUCUUCCUAAAUUCUGUGAUUAGAGGAAUUGCCGUGGGUGUAUAUGUGCAGCUUGGUUUAUACUCAUGUUUCCCUCAUAUGGUUAAGGGCAUGUGUGUGGCCAAGAACUGACCAUGACUGGAGCAAUUGCAUGGAGAACUGACAUUGCACGGAGCAAUCAACUGGGUGACCUGUCCCACAGAUUACUGGAGAGCCCAAAGCGAGUGAGCACCACGGGGGAAGCUUGGCUGAUUUCAAAGGGCAACCAGGACGCCACGGCUCCGCCUGACGCAAUGGCCCAGCCCUAUCCACCAGCCACAUACCCGCCACCCCCGCAGAAUGGCAUCCCUGCAGAAUAUGCUCCUCCACCACACCCACAUCCAGCACAGGACUACUCGGGGCAGAGCACAGUACCUGAGCAUGCCUUGACUCUCUAUACGCCAGCACAGAGCCACCCUGAACAGCCGGGCACCGAUGCAAGCACGCAAUCCAUAGCGGGCACACAAACAGUACCGCAGACAGAUGAAGCGGCACAGACAGACAACCAAACGCUACACCCGCCAGAGAGUGGUUCUGACAAGCAGCAGCCCAAACGGUUACACGUUUCCAACAUCCCUUUCCGCUUCCGGGAUCCUGACCUGCGGCAAAUGUUUGGGCAAUUUGGAAAGAUUCUGGAUGUUGAGAUCAUUUUCAAUGAGCGUGGCUCCAAGGGUUUUGGGUUUGUAACUUUUGAAACUAGUGCAGAUGCCGAUCGGGCACGGGAGAAGCUGAACGGCACCAUCGUAGAGGGACGCAAAAUUGAGGUCAACAAUGCAACAGCCCGAGUAAUGACAAACAAGAAGGCAGCCAAUCCCUACACAAAUGGCUGGAAGCUGAACCCUGUGGUGGGCACCGUCUAUGGCCCGGAAUUCUAUGCAGUGACAGGUUUUCCAUACCCAGCCACGGGAACAGCAGUAGCUUACCGGGGUGCACACUUGCGGGGACGGGGGCGCACAGUCUACAACACGUUCCGGGCAGCUCCUCCCCCUCCCCCCAUCCCCGCUUAUGGAGCAGUGGUUUAUCAGGACGGAUUCUAUGGUGCUGAAAUUUAUGGGGGGUAUGCAGCCUACAGAUAUGCCCAGCCUGCAGCAGCAGCAGCAGCAGCUUACAGUGACAGUUACGGCAGAGUUUAUGCAGCCGCGGAUCCUUACCACCACACCAUCGGCCCUGCUGCCACCUACAGCAUUGGCACUAUGGCUAGUCUAUACCGAGGAGGGUACAGCCGCUUCACUCCCUACUAGCAAGACAGACCCAGCCCCUCCUCAAAAUAGUAAACACUGACUGCUCCUUAGAAACCAAACCAAAAUCAAAUGGACAUGGGCCCCUGCCCCAUGCUGCUGACCCUCGGCAGCCUAAACCACAUAUUUCUUUACCUCAAGCCGCCUAUCACGCCUCACAUCCCACCUGUCUCUGAUGGUGUCCUGCCAAGCGUGUUUUCAUUUUGCAAAGCAACCGGGGGGUUGGGACAGGUGCCUGAUUCACCAGACAAAACAAAACACCAACAAGCAGAACCUCAAGGAGAGCAUCCUGCCUCCCCAGAGCCCAUCCUGCUUCCAAGCUUUCCUGCCAUGCAGAAUUCUCUGAGUCCCUGGGAUGCUGGGGCACUUGAGAGAGGUCCCCAAUAAGGCGCCCUGCAUUGUGGUUGGGUGUUUUCACACAUUGAAGGGGGAGAAUACAGUUAAAAGAACUCAGGAUGUUAUCCCUCUCAAAUACAAAUUGCCCAUUCUCCUCACUCACACUCCUCCUAUCAGCGCCGCAAGAGCUAGAUCAAGCCAGGUGGGCAGUUGCCCCGACCAUUCCAUCAUCCUAAUAGGCCCUGCCCGUAUUAGGCUACUUAGAUGUCCUCAGUCUCCAAGUAACUACUGGGAGGAGCUUGCUUCCUCUGCCUCCAUGAGUGGAAACUCCCCCUCUUCUCCCCUAGCAGUAUCUUGGGGAGGGAUGGGAUGGGUUGGGGCUAGCCACUAAGCUGACCUUGGCAGGGGGUGGAAGACAGUCUGGAUUAGUUUACCUAGAAUGUACAGAGAGAUGGGGGGACCCUACAGGCUACGCUAUGCUAGCAGUACGAAGGAGCUGGCUGGGACCAGCCCCCAGGUGGGCUGAAUGAUCCCAGCUCCUUUAACAGUACUGGGGCAUCAGUUCCAUGUGGACAGCCUCCUAUUGACUGACCAAACUGGCACAUGCAUCUGUAUAGAAGGGGCACGGGAGGGGAGGGCAUUUGUGCAGAGACAGGAAGUGGGGCUGGUGGUAGUGAAGGAUGCUGGGAGCUGAAUUCCAGUUUCCCACUUUCCAUUUCUAAUAUAUUUGGACCAGCACACACCCAGAGAGCAGGAAGCCCUUUCCCGAUUCCUACUGCUGCACCAGUCUUCCCCCAGGCUACUGCCUGCAGGUUGCUCCAUGGAACGUUCUGCCUUUGUUUUCUGUUGUAGUGAAACCUUCAGCUGUUUCCUUCUGGGACCAGGAAGGGCACACACAAAAAAAAUUUUUUAAGCAAAGCAACAAAACAGUUACAAAACUAACAAGCCAAGCGACCGAGUGAAAGCCCCCUUCUGUCCACACAUGCGCCCCAAGCAACAGGCCAUCUGGAGCGCUAGCACCGACCGACCAACUGGGACAGAUGGACGGCAGCUGCCCAAGGACUCUACAAAGCCGUCCACACACCGGGAGAUCCGUGCUCUGCUUCCCCCCACCCCACCCCUGCUGCAGACCACGGGGCCAGGAGGGACAGGCACUGACACAGACUGGAUUCUUCAGGCCCCAGGCCACCAUGUCUUCCUUCCAGCCCUCCCAAAGAAGAAGAAGAAGAACUGCGGCCAUCCCGUAACCGCAGAAUACGCCACGAGUGCACCUGCAGGGCUAGUGAUCUCGCUUCCCAGAACCUCCCAAUGCUUUUUGCGCUUUGCUGGUUCAUCCAUUUGUCAAGUUGGCAAGGCCUUGGAUACCUGAACAGGGACAGGCCAGGCCAGGGGCUUUUUGGGUGCAGCCACCUUGUUUCUGUGGGUGGGAAUCUUGGGUUUUAGAGGGUUUUUUUCUUUAAAGAGAUUGCACUUUCCCCUCCCCCUAACGACCCAACUCCCACCAGCCUCAUAGGGGCCAAAAGCUGCACCACCAUUUACCUUCCUUUUGGUGGGCCUGGCUGGUCUCAUCAUGGCUCAUAAAGAACUGAGAUCAUCUGAGAUUGUCCCUCCCUGACCCAUGAACCCCAGAGCUACCAAGAACCCCAUACCCUGUUCUCAAGGGCCAAUAGAUGCCACACACCCCUCCUCCACCACCACCCAGGAGCUUGGAUGCCUGGGGCAAACACGUCAUGACUGUGUGGCCAAGCCAGUGGGAGAACACAGCCCCAUGGUGGUGCUAGGGAGUGAGGUGGGCCUGUGCACAAGGACAUUAAGAAGAAAGACUGUUUUGCUGCACAAACUGAGCAAAUUCUGCUAGCCCCAGAACCUACUGGUGCCAAUGGGCACCCUCUAUUAAUCGGUUUCUUCCCUCCCCAUGCCCCAUAAUGGGGGGAGAGCAUGUCCUAUGGCCCACUCCCCACCCCAGAGCCAGAUGGACUCGGAUCGUCCCCCAUGCCACCCCUGACCCCCCCUUCCCCCUUGGCUUACUCAUCUCAUGAAACCUCACUUUCUACUCAGCAUUAAAGCUCCUGACAUGCCAGCAAUCAGAUUUUCCUCCUUUUCUACUCCCGUUGUAUAUAGCCCCUUCCUUGGCCACUCCCUUCCCAUUGUAUAAAGCUCCUCCCAUUUACUGCCCUAUCUCCCACCCUGGGAGCAUCGGCCACCCCACCUCACCCCCAAUCUGUAUGCUUCUAAGGUGUGACCAUUCAAAUAAACAUUAUUAUUAUUUA